AUGUCCGCAAAAAGGCGCACGCUAGAGCUCGGAAAUGUCCUGGUGGUGGGAGGUUGCGGCUUCCUGGGGUGGCAUAUUGUCGAUCACCUUCUGAACUUUCCCUCCGAGACCGACCCCAGCGCCGCGCUACCCAAGCCGCAGGACGAUGCGCGGUUCGACUUCCCGACUCUGGGCUCCCGCUACCCGGACUACAAGGCCAAGGUGUCCGUGGUGGAUCUGCGCACGUCUAACAACCGUCUACCCGGUGCGACUUACUACGAUGGCGAUAUCACCUCCGUCGACUCCAUGAUGGAAGUUUUCCGCGCCGUCAAGCCUGACCUGGUCAUCCAUACUGCGACUCCGUCUGUCCUCGAGGGCAACAAGCCGCUACUAUACAAGGUCAAUGUGGAGGGAACCCGAACCCUCCUCCAGGUUGCUGGCGGUGAGCACGGUGACUGGGGUGGUAAGUGCAAGGCGUUUGUCUACACCAGCUCGAGCUCGGUCGUGCAUGACACCCAGAGCGAUCUGAUCCAUGUCGACGAGUCAUGGCCCUUGAUCCGUGGCAAGUUGCAACAGGAGUACUACUCCGAGACCAAGGCCGAUGCCGAAGAGAUCGUCCUUAAGUACAACCGCCAGUCACCUACAAACAUGGUGACUUGCGCCGUCCGCCCCGCUGGUAUCCACGGCGAAAAGGACACGACCGUGACACACAAGAUCCUGGAGCAUGGCGCAAACGCCUCGGACACCGUGCUGAAGAUGCAACUGGGCAACAACGACAACCUGUUCGACUUCACAUACGUCGGCAACGUGGCGUACGCCCACAUGCUAGCAGGAGCCCGGCUACUGGCUACGUACGAUCGCUACGAGAGCAACCAGGGCGGGCCCCUGGACCACGAGCGCGUGGACGGCGAGGCGUUCAACAUCACCAACGACUCGCCUAUUUACUUCUGGGACGCCACACGGGCCAUGUGGGCGCUGAUCGACCGAGUCGUUGAGCCGCAUGAGGUGUGGUCGCUGCCGGAGGGACUGAUGUUGUCCAUUGGUGGACUGGCCGAGUCCGUUAUGAACCUGUUUGGCAAAACUCCCCGCCUGACGCGCCGCACGGUGCGCUACUCCUGCAUGACUCGCUACUACUCCAUCGAAAAGGCCCGCGUGCGUCUUGCCUAUCUUCCGGUGAUCCCGGUGGACGAGGGUAUCGCACGUGCUGUGGGUUACGUGGUUGAGAAGCAGCGCCAGGAUUCAGGAAAGAAGGGGUUGUAA